AAAAGUGUCCAGUGUUGGGGAAUCCACCACUUUCCUGGGGAGAUUAUUCCAGUGGCUGAUUGUUCUAAUUGUGAGAAGUUUUCCUCUUGUGUCCAAUCGGAAUCUCCCCAGGAAUAACUUGUACCCAGUAUCCCUCAUCUUUUCCAUGUGUUGCCUUGUAAAAUCUUCUUUGUAAGCACCCUUUCAAUACUGCAACAUGGUGAUAAGGUCUCCCCUGAGCCCUCUUUUCUCAAGUCUGAACAAACCCAGUUCUCAGCCUUUCCUCAGAUGGCAAACUUCUCAGUCCUUUAAUCAUCUUUGUGACCCAUCUCUGGACCUUCUCCAGCCUUUUUUGUACCGCGGGGACCACAACUGAACACAGUAUUCCAGGUGUGGCCUGACGAGCGCUGAGUAGAGUGGGAUAAUGACUUCUUUAUCUCUGCUAGUGAUGCCCUCGUUGAUGCAACCCAGCACCCUGUUGGCUUGCUUUGCCGCAGCAGCACACUGUUCGUGCAUACUGAGCUUGUUGUCCAGCAGGACCCCCCAGGUCCCUUUCCACAGAGCUGCUCCCAGCCUAUGCUGCACUCCUGCAUUAUGUUUUCCCAUAAUAAUGUAGGUGUAAGACCCUACAAACAUUUGUACAUUUGUUGAACUUCGUAAGAUUCUUGUUAGCCCACUGUUCCAUCCUAUCCAGGUCUCCCUGCAGGGUGGCUCUCCCUUCCGAAGUGUCCACUUCCCUGCUCAGUUUGGUAUCAUCGACAAACUUCCAUCAGGGUACACUUGAUCCCAUCAUCGAGAUCACUUCUGAAGAUAUUAAACAGCGUUGGGCCAAAUAUUGAUCCCUGGGGGACCCCACUUGUGCCAGGUUGCCAUUUUGAGAAGGAGCUAUUCACUACCACCCUCUGGGUGCAACCUGUCAGCCAGUUCCCCACCCAACGCACCGACUGGUUGUCUAGACCGUAAUGCAUCAGUUUCUGUAGGAGGAGGCUGUGGGAAACCAUAUUGGAAACCUUGGAGAAAUCCAGGUAGACGAUGUCCACCACUCGUCCCACAUCAACCGAGCAGUUUACUUUGUCGUAGAAGGUGAUCAGGUUUGUCAAGCAUGAUUUGCCUGUGGUGAAUCUGUGCUGGCUUUUCCCAGUCAUGUGCUUCAUUUGACUUGUGAUAGCCCCCCAGGAGGAUUCGUUCCGUAACUUUCCCAGGGACUGAAGUAAGACUGAUGGCCCUAUAUCUCCUUUGGAAUGUGUGAAGGGCCCUGCCAAGGCUGACCAUCAGGAAGAAACUGCCAUGAAGAGAGUCCUACCCUCCUCCUGAUGCUCCCCACCACCCCAUCAUCCGCAAGAGGAUUUAUCUCACAGCACCUUGAGGCAUUUAUUGCCUGUGCCAGGAGAUGCAGCAGAGAUAAGGUGCCCAGUUGGCAGAAAAUAAACAUUUGCAUUAAUAUUCACCUCCUGCCCAAGUAUUUUGUCAAUGUCCACACGUGUGUCCUCCUCCCUUGGAGUUUUCCUCCUGUGAUCGGAAGAGCAGCACUGGAUACCCCAAAAAUGCCUUUCCCUUAGAUCCAGCACUGUCACAUUGUAAUCCUGACACAAGCGUGCCCUGCCCAGGCAAGGACUUUGGACCCACAAGGAUCAUCAAGGCCAAGGACUUUGCACAGUUGUUAUCAGAAAGUUGUUUUUCUUGACAGCCCCUUGAUUUUUCUGCUCCAAACCCUUCCAACUGGAGACCUGCCUGGAGCUGCGGAGAUGAAUGGGAAUUUCAUGUGGAAAUCCUUUAAGCAGAGUGUGGAGAUCCAGAUCACCAGUGAACCUGAGGAUGUCACUUUGUACAACCCCAGGAGCUACUGCUACAGCGGCUAUAGCUCCAUGCGGAUCCCACUGGGUGUCACGGAGAGUUGCGAAUUCACCAACUCCGUGAUCUGUUUUCGGGAUAGCAUGGGACUCCUGGUGUACGAGGCAGACGCCUUCACCUUGGCCAUCCUCUUCUCCAACCCCUUCGACUACAAUAUUUUCUCUGUGGAGCUUGCCAUGGAGAUCUCCUUCCGCAAAGCCCACCUUGGCAACUUGGAGAACAUCUACACCAGGAUGUCUAGGAGUCAAUCCGCCAGCACCGGCAAAGACACUGUGUUCCACCGAGUCAAGCUAGGCGCGUGCCAGGAGGCUGCCGUGGUCUUUGCUGGCCAUGUGAGGGUCACGGCCACCAUGUCCAGUGCUGCAAAGUCAGUCAUCAAAAUAAUUGUGGAGUAUCAAGAUAGUUUCUCCUCUGAAUUCAAAGGUGGCACCACGUAUUAGCCUUGGGCAGCAUCAGCUGGAGGGAUGGACAAACCUUGUCCGUGUUGCUGUAAACAUCAGGCAGAAUCUGCUGCCUUCAAUAAAUGGUUGAGCAAAGCAA